GGACAACCUCCCUGGGAUCUUGGCGAAACCCACGACGACCAUGACAUCGACCGGCAGUUGAUUCUUCCACCCGAUCACCCACCCUCCCGCGUCCCCUCUGGGUACGAACGGGCUCCCAAGCCUCCCAUGGGACUGAUGGACAAACUGAAUGGCCUGGUGGCUUAUACCUGGGACGAAUCGAGACAAUUCCGCUCCAGUUAUGGCACGGAAGGGAGAUUUCAUGCUGACGCGUCUCUUAGGCACGUUUUUGGUACCAAACACCUCGACCGUACCAUUCGCCUGAAUCAUGCUCACACCAAUCGCCUUCGAAGUGCCUCCUCUCCCAGCGAUUCGAGCGGUACAUCUGCCCCAUGUGGACCCGGAAAGGACGGCGACGGGGACCAGGGCAGAGGGUCAGAGAGAACGAUCGAAGUGGUGGCGCGCAUUGGUGAGAAUCUGGUCCAAGGAGAAAGGAUGCAAGAGGAGUAUCAGAUGCUGGCAUCCGUUGCCGCUCCUCACCGCAAAUAUCUCCUGCGACCCGUGGAGAUGCAGCGCUUACCCAAUCUCGAUGAUGACCACAACCCAUCGCUCCUGGUCUGCAUCUACGAAAGCCCCGGCCCAAAUGAUCUACUGCGCUACAUCGAUUGCGGCGUGACCUGGUAUCAGAUGCGCUCUGAGGAAGAUGCAAGCCACAAUGAGACCAAUAAUGGGGCCUCGCCUCGAUCCGAUCGGGACGAGCGCAUGCCGUUGCCAGCAUUUAUGGAUUUCGCCAUCGGUGCGGCGGAGUGCAUCCAAAUGCUGCAUAGCCAGCAGAUUGUCCAUGGGCAGAUCCGAGGGGAGGCAUUCCACUUCAACCAAGAAACCGGCCGUGUGCGCUUGAUUCAUCUCGGGGCGGGUCUGCAGUCCUAUGACACCGGACGGGUGAGCGCGGACUGGCCAGCCCUAGAGAAUCAGAAAGCUGCCACGGCGCACAUCUCCUAUUUGAGCCCCGAGCAAACUGGCCGGACGCCGAUCCGAGCUGACAAUCGCGCCGAUAUCUACUCCCUCGGUAUCAUGUUUUGGAGCGCUCUCGUCCGCGAGACCCCGUUUGGGGCCAAGACUCCCAUGGGAAUCAUCAAGGAGAUGCUUGGACAGGAGCUUCCGCCAGUAUCGACCUUGCGACCCGAUGUGCCAGAGGUCUUUGCACGGAUCAUUGCCAAGGCGACGGCAAAGAAUGUCUCGGAGCGGUACAACUCUGCCCGCGGUCUGCGACAUGACCUCGUGGAGCGGGAGAUGCGGCAGUCCUGGAAAGCUGGGAAGUCGCCGGCAAGGAUGUUUCUCCCUUUUUUCGCGCUCCCACGCACGAUGGUCGGCCGGGCGGCCGAGCGGGAUGCCAUCGUCGAGGUCCUGGAUCGUACUCUGAGACUGUAUCAGGGAGGGAGAGGGCUUCACUUGUCGUCGCUGCCGGAGGACCAAUUCGCAACGUUUACCGUCCUUCCCUCACCAGGCAAUACUCCCGGGGAAGAGGUAGCCCUUAAUUUGGUCGAUGCAUCUCCCAGCUUGGCCGGUUCCAUGAGCGGAACAUCCGUGAGCGGGACAUCCGCUGGGGUGACCCCAUCGUAUCCAGCGAAUACGGGCCGCAUGCGUUCCCCCAGAGAUUCGCUCUACGCCUCGAGCGAGGGUAGCGAGCCCGGGCCUGUCAUCUCCGAGAGGAAGGGACUAGAGCAGCGAUUGUCAAUCUCCUCGAUUGACAGCACCAGUGGUGAGGGAAGCUCACGAUCCAGUGAAAAUGCGGGAAAGACGGCUGCACAUUCCAUAGUGGCGCCGAAAGGACUAUGCGAGGUUAUCAGCAUUGAGGGAGGGCCUGGUUUGGGCAAAACUCGGCUGAUAACAUCGGUGCAGAUUGAAGCCCGACGAAGGGGCUUCUUUGCCAGCUCGCGAUUCGAUGUCGAAGCCAAAGAGCGCAUGCGUCCCGUUUUACAGUUGUUUUCGAGCCUGUUCCAUCAGGCAUUCUCGGAAAAUAUGAAUGAGCCCAGUUUCCUGCCGAUGUUACGAAAUCAUAUUGGAUCUACAUGGAACACUCUGCACAAGAUUUUAGGCCUGCCCAAAUUUCUUCUCGGUUCGAGCCUCAGCUUGCCAGAGCGGGUGCCCAACAAAUAUGCUCAUACGUCUCUCGCAUUACCCCACCGGCCUCCUCCACCAGAGAAUAUUGGGACUGAGAGUUCUCAGGAAUUUCUUCGGACCGGAUCCUCGACCAAGUCUUUGCCUCUCGUACGGACGUUACUGGAUAUCCUACGAGUCUUCACGCGAUACAAGUUGGUAUGUCUUUGCCUGGACGAUUUCCACUUGGCAGAUGAGGAAUCGUUGGAAUUCAUUGCCCAGAUGGUGUCGGCUCGAAUCAAAAUGGUGGUGAUAAUGGCCUACCGACCCGAAAAUGUUUCCUCGGAAAUGAUGAAGCGGAUAUUUCAGACUUCUAACAAUGAAGGAGUUUUGAAAGGAAGAGACGUAGGUCUUACCACCAUCUCACUCACGCCACUCAGUGAAGACUGCGUGAUGCAAUAUGUAGCGAACACGUUGUCCUUGUCUGUCCCUGUUAUCUGGCCUCUGGGGGCAUUCAUCCAGUCAAGAACUAAUGGGAAUCCUCUUUAUGUCCGUGAAAUAUUGAAUGAUUGUCAUGAAUAUGGAUUUAUCUGCUAUGACUUCCAGGAAGGGCUCUGGUCGUUUGAUCUUAGUCGUAUCUCUGAGCAUUUUAAGGCAGACAGUUACAACGACGCCGCCUUCGAUGAUUUCUUAGCCAAACGCCUGCGCAGCCUUUCGCCUGUCUGCAAGUCCAUCUUGGCCUGGGCAUCCGUUUUAGGCAUGACUUUCUCGUUUCAGUUGGUCCAGAGGCUUCUCAACAACGAUCAGAUGGCUUCCGAAUCUGGCUUGCCCGAGCGAGAAGUGAUUCAGGGUCUGCAGGCGAUCAUCCAAGCCUACGUUAUUGUGCCCACAGAGGAUCAUGACGUCUUUUCCUUUACAUAUAGCCAUUACAUGCAUAUCGCAGCGUCAUUCCACACCAGAGACAAGGAUUUUGUGAACUUUAUGAAAGCACAAGUACUGUUUCAAUAUUAUUCCCACGACGAUAAAUAUCGCAGCAUGUUGGCAUCGGCCCUUAUCGAAUCAGCACCGAUCAUCAAAGGCUCCGUUGCAAUAAGAAAGCCUUUCAGAAACUUUCUGUUUGAGUAUGCGAACGCUGCAAGUGAGACUGGAUUACGCUCGACCGCUAUCAACUCGUACGCAAGCUGCAUCACACUGCUUCAAGAGGAUAUAUGGAACGACGAUGCUGUGGACGUGAGCUACAGCGAGACGCUGCAAAUAUUCACGUCCGCUGCUGAAUGCUACUUGUACCAAGGACAGCAUGACGAAGCUAGCCGCUUGCUGCACGCUAUACUCUCCAAUGCUCGGAGCCCAGUUGACAAGGCUCCCACCUGGAUCUUGCAAUCUCGUAUGCUUGCACAACUGGGUAACUCGACUGGUGCUUUUCAUGCCCUGAAGGAAUGCCUCCUGGCGCUGGACAUCACGGUUGAUGACGAUCCAACCUUUUUUAAAUGUGACAAAGAACUUCGACGGCUAUGCGAGGCCGUUUCCGCUGUCCAGACAGAAGCUGUUGUCGAGACCGUCCCUCCUGCGCAACCCGCCCUGGCUGCUGCCGGAGCGGUUCUUCUGGAGGCCACUAGCGCGGCUUUCUGGUCAGACACGCUGACCUUCUACCAAAUGACGCUCGUCAUGGUUGACGCCUAUCUCUCGCGUGGCCCUUUUCCCCAGGCAGGCAUGGGACUCAUGCAGUUGGCUGUGAUAGCAAUUACUCGAGACAACGCAAUUACCUUCGCAAAACAUUGUGGGGAACUUGCCCUGGCACUGAUCGAACAGUCCAAAGAUCCACAUACUGUAGGUCGUGGUAUCGCGCUACACUCCACCUUUGUCGGCCAUACUCAAAACCAUGUUCAGUCUUCAAUCUCGCAACUGGAAGAGGCGGUGGAUUCCUCUAUCAGCGCUGGUGACCGAAUUGCCACCAUUUUGAACUUCGGGUCUCUGGCUACCAUGAAGUUUUUUGCUUCCGAAGACCUGGUCGAGCUGGAGACCUUCUGCGUCUACAGCUGCCGGGACAUUCCCAGCUGGCAGACGGAUACUGCCGGCGGUACGAUCCUCAUCACAAUUUGCCAGCUCAGCCGUGCUUUGCAAGGAAAAACAUAUACACACGAUUCGUUCAGGGUAAUGAGUGACCAAGAGCACAGUUCGGCCGCAUAUAAGUCUUGGCUAGUAAGAACCAUCAAAAAUAGCGACCGACCGCUGAUGCUCUAUGAGAGCAUGGAAAUCGCACCGUUAUUUCUGUACGGCCACUACGAGCGAGCGGUAGCACUGGGGAAUUCUUGUCUCAAGAAAGUCAACGCCAUAUGGUCUGCACGAAAUACGCGGUUCCUCAUGUUCUUUCAUUCCCUUUCUCUAGCAGGAUGUGUGUGGAUCCGGAAACAGCAACAGCUCGAUGCCGCAUACCGUGCAGGCGCCCCCAAGCUGGCGUCCGAUGUCGACCGGCGAUCUUUCGACGCGGUUUUCGAGGAGGAGAUGACAAGCCUUGCAAAGAUGCUGCGUUAUUUUAAGCGCAAGAUUGAGCAGUGGCAGGUCAUCGCAGACGUGAACUAUCUAGCAUGGACUAAACUUCUGGGCGCUCAGAUCGCCGAGAUGGAGCGUGACCAAAGCGCUGCUCUUCGUUACUAUCAAGAGGCAAUAGAUCACGCUUCAAUCCAUGGGUUUGGUUUCGAAGAAGCCCUUGCCCACCAUCUGUUAGGUGGGCAUCUCAUGCGUGAAGGCUCUUCACGACUAGGCACACUGGCUCUGAAGGAGGCAGUUAGUGUCUACCGACGAAUUGGGGCUACCGGCGUGGCGGAUCACAUCUUGCAUUCCCAUGAUUUGGAGCAGCAAACCAAAGAAAUGGCACGAGAAGCUGCCACUCAAACCGAACCAGACGAAAAUAUGACACGUAUUCGCCCUCAAGUGUCAGAACUUGGGAACGACGAAACAUCGAGCGCAGGGGGGGCCGUGGCAGAGCGUGCUCUCCAUAUUCUAGAUCUCACCUCCAUCCUCGAAGGGUCACAGGUGAUAUCCAGCGUUCUAAGGGUUGAUGAGCUUCUUCGGACAAUGUGCAAGAUUAUCAUGCAGAGCUGCCAUGGUGCUGCUACGAUGGCGGUUAUCAUCACCAAGGAGGAUUUGACAAUGCGGUGGGCCGUCGCGGCCAGUGGUGACGCUGCUGGUAACAUAAAAGUGCAUGAUCCUCCGACUCCGAUUGAGCACUCCCAUCUUGUCGCAGAAAGCAUUGUGAAUUACUGCGUUCGCUUUCGUGAGGCAGCAUAUUUACCGGAUGUCUUGCAGGACCCGCGAUUCAGCUACGUUAGCGAAGCGUGGGCGGCUCAGAAUCCCAUUAAUAAGUCGGUCGUGGCGUUACCCAUCUCGUACGGUGGCGAGGAGAACGAGCCCAUCGCGGUUAUGUAUCUGGAGGGACUGCCCAACGCCUUCUCGUAUCGCAAUCGCGUCGUUUUACAGUUGCUCGUCGGCCAACUCGGAAUCAGCUAUUCCAAUGCACUGACCCUCAGGGAAGUGGAACGCGUAUCCACCAUCAACCAAUCCUUGGUAGACGUCCAGAAGAAGGCAUUGGCGGAAGCGAUGGAGGCUGAGCAAAAGGCAAACAUCGCUACGGCGGAGGCUCUGCGUCAUGCCCAGCUGGCCGAAGAGGCCGCCAAGGCCAAAAGCGUAUUUCUCGCCAAUAUAUCCCAUGAGCUACGAACGCCACUCAAUGGGGUUAUUGGGAACUCGGAGCUUUUGCUCAGCGGUACAUUAUCGGGGGAGCAGCUGGAAAUGGCAGAUUCGAUUCGCAUGUCUGCGAACAUCCUGCUCGCUGUGAUCAAUGACAUCCUCGACUUCUCCCGGAUUGAAGCGAACAAGGUGCAGUUGCAUAUUGUGUCCUUUGAUGUCGAGAAAAUGGUGAAGGAAGUCGUUCGCUCAAUGCCGGCCGGCUUUGCGAACAGGCAAAGAUCCAACAAUGUCCGCAUUAUACAGGAUGUCAAACCACCCCAAACCCACGUAUAUGGGGAUCCCGUGCGAAUACAGCAGAUUUUGGGUAACUUGCUCGGUAACAGCCUGAAAUUCACCGAGAGAGGGUCCAUCACGAUAGGAUGCAGGGCAGACGAUGAAAAUGAGGACUCUGUUCGUCUUUCUUUAUGGGUGACGGACACGGGUAUUGGGAUCCCUGCGCGACUUAUACAGCACCUGUUCAAGCCGUUCACCCAAGCUGAUGCCAGCACUGCACGCCGUUUCGGAGGCAGUGGUUUGGGCCUCAGUAUUUGCAAAUCUCUUGUAGAUUUGAUGGGAGGCACCAUCGAGCUCAAGAGCGUCGAUAACGUCGGCACGACUGUCUCUUUCUCGAUCAUCGUGCCGAAGGUCAAUCCCGGCGGCUCAGGGACUACUACUCCCACCACGCCCCAUGACAGUUCAAUAGGCUUGCUCGAUAAAGCAGCCCCGGCUUGCAUUGAUCUGUCCCAGAUCCCCCUCUCCGAUCUCCACGUCUGCAUCGCGGAGGACAAUCUCAUCAAUCAGAGAAUCACGGUGCAGUUUCUCAAGAAGCUAGGAUUUGCCCGAGUAGAUGCCUACAAUAACGGCCUCGAAGCUGUGGAGGGCAUCCAGAAGAAGGCCAGUGCGGAGCAACCAUAUCACCUGAUCUUGAUGGAUGUCCAGAUGCCUGUCAUGGACGGGUAUGCUGCCACACGUCGUCUGCGCAAUGAUCCAGUGGAUGCUGUGAGGCGUAUCCUGAUUAUUGCUCUCACAGCCUCGGCGAUUCAGGGCGACCGGGAGAGAUGUCUGGAUUCGGGAAUGAAUGAUUACCUGGCGAAACCGGUCGUUUUGCAAGCUUUGAAAAAGAAGUUUGCUCAGUACAUACAGAUGAACUGA